AUGGGUGCGCAAGGACGCAGUGGGUGGGGCAGGCGGCUGUACUUGUGGCUCACCACGUCCACCCGCGACCGGCGAAACCGCAUCGACGACGUUGGCGCUCCGUUGCAGGCCGCUCGCCGCGAGCGCAACAAAGUUCAACGGGUGAACGACGUGUUCCACGCGGCUGGCAUGGGCACGAGCCGUGCGGCCAGUCUGGAGGGCAUCACACUGCAGGGCAGAGGGGAAGGCCUGGCGUGGAGCUUCCUGCUCCUUCCCGCCUGCUUUGCCGUGGGGUUCUUCGCGUUCAUCUCGCUGUACCAUCGCGGGGAGCGGCGGGCUCAGCAGCUGGCCGCGGAGAGCGCGUGGCAGCGUCAGUUGGGCAAGGCGGCGGACAAGAAAGCUGCGGCGAUUGCCGCACUACGCAGCGCGCAGGAGCAGAGUGGCGAGAUGAAAGAGGCGAUACGUGCGUGCGCCGACGAGGACGCGCUCACCACGAAGCUGGCGAGCAACUUGGAAUUCAUCAAAGCGAACGUGAAACCGCAGCCACGGUGGGGUUCAUCUGACCGUGUAGAUCGAUGA